AUGUCCACUGGUAGUAGAGACCCUCUUGUUCUUGGAGGUGUAAUUGGUGAUGUAUUGGAUCCCUUUCAAGCUUGUAUUCCUUUAAGAGUUUCUUACAAUAAUAAAGAUGUUACUAAUGGUUGUGAAUUCAAACCUUCUCAAGUUAUCAAUCCACCAAGGGUUAGUGUUGGUGGUGAUGAUCUUAGAAACUUCUAUACUCUGAUCAUGGUGGAUCCUGAUGCUCCUAGCCCUAGUAACCCAAAUUUGAGGGAGUAUCUUCAUUGGUUGGUGACUGAUAUUCCUGCAACUACUGGGCCUACUUUUGGUCAUGAAGUAGUACCUUAUGAGAGUCCACGACCGUUGAUGGGGAUUCAUCGUAUCGUCUUUGCGGUUUUUCAUCAACUCGGUAGAGAGACAGUGUAUGCUCCGGGAUGGCGACAAAAUUUCAACACAAAAGAAUUUGCAGAACUUUACAAUUUGGGAUUGCCAGCUGCUGCUGUUUAUUUUAACAUUCAAAGAGAAGCAGGCUCUGGGGGAAGAAGAUGGAAAUAUGAAACAACAGAAAAUACUGUUGGUACUUCUGAAUCCUCCAAGACCUCAAAACGCUCUGCUCAGACUUCAAUGUCAAAUUCUUCGACCAGCUCGAAACGCUUGGCUGCGAGACUGCGUUCUCGGGCCGACCGGCCGGAGCAAUGA